AAUAGAAAAGGACGGACUUGGGAGCCGAGCAGCUUCUUUGCCCAAAAAUAGCAACAAGUUUUAUAACUCCGGAAAAUGUAGAACAAACAAACGAGGAACAUUUUUAGCUGAGAAAGGCGGCGGCGGCGGCGCGGGGGGGCCUGAAUUUCGGAAUUUCUGCCCGUCUGUUUUCCUGGAAGCCGCUCCUCGUGCUCUCGCCCGCAUCCAGCGCUUUGACCAACUUGGCCACCGGCCCGGGGCUGCCGGGGAACGGGCCCGGAGCUCUCCGGGGCUGCCGGGGAACGGGCCCGGAGCUCUCCGGGGCUGCCGGGGAACGGGUCCGGGGCUGCCGGGAACGGGUCCGGAGCUCCCCAGGCUGCCGGGGAACGGGUCCGGGGCUGCCGGGGAACGGGUCCGGGGCUGCCGGGAACGGGUCCGGAGCUCCCCAGGCUGCGGGGAACGGGUCCGGGGCUGCCGGGAACGGGACGCGCCGGGGGCCGGGGAUGGCGCCGAGAGGGACAAGGAGGACAAGGACAAGGAGAAGGAGGAGGAGGAAGCUUUCCUCGUCAGCCUCUACAAGUUCAUGAAGGAGCGGCACACGCCCAUCGAGAGGAUCCCGCACCUCGGCUUCAAGCAGAUUAACCUCUGGAAGAUCUACAAGGCUGUGGAAAAGCUGGGAGCCUACGAGCUGGUGACGGGCCGCCGGCUCUGGAAGAACGUCUACGACGAGCUCGGGGGCAGCCCCGGCAGCACCAGCGCGGCCACCUGCACCCGGCGCCACUACGAGAGGCUUGUCCUUCCCUACGUGCGGCACCUCAAGGGCGAGGAGGACAAACCGCUGCCCCCCAGCAAACCCCGCAGGCAGUACAAGGUCAACAAGGACGACAAGAGCAAGAGGGCCAGGAAGGAGAAGGGCCGCGAGCAGGUGGCUCCGGACAAGGCGCGGCCGGAGGCGGGCGCGGAGGACGCGGCGGAGCGGGGCCGGGGGACAGACGGACGCUCCAGCCCGGCCAUCCCGGCCCCCAGCCCCUCGGGGAGGUGUCCCAGCCCCUGCAGGAGCCACAGCGAGACCUACAAGCGCCUCUUCUCCAGCUUCUACUCCAAAGGGAACCACCCCAUCAUGUCCCCGCUGGCCAAGAAGAAGCUGCUGGCGCAGGUGAGCAAGGCCGAGUCCUUGCCCUGCCACAAGCGCCACUGCCCCGAGGGCCGGCGGGCACCGAGCGACACCGGCCCCGAGCCUCCCGGGCUCCCCGGCGCUGGGCCGGCUGAGCAAAGGAGCCCGGAGCCGUCGGGAGCUCCGGACAGAGCUCCGAGCGUGGCGAGCGAGGCGGGCCCGGCCCGCAGCGCAUCCCCGGCGGGCAGAGACAGCCAGGGCUGCCCGCAGGACGGGGGCGCGGCCCCCGCCGUCUUCACCGGCUACUUCCACGCCUACCGCAGCGAGGGCCCGCAGCCCGGCGGUUGUCCCCCGCUCUGGGGGUACUUCUCCAACCUGAAGGAUUUUUUGGAGCCGCCCUCCGCCUUCCCGGCGCGGCCCGAGGAGCCCGAGCAGCCCCCGGAGCUGCGGAGCCACGCAGGGCGGCCGUGGGAGGGCCGGGCCGCCGCUGUCCAGGCCUGCUGGGUGCCCCCCGGGGCCACCUUCGGCCCCGCCGCGCCCCGGGCCGGCCGCAGCCGCCACGAGGAGGAGGAGGAGGAAGAGGAAGAUGAUGAUGAUGAUGAGGAGGACGAGGAGCCCUUCGGCCUCGCUGCCAAGUCACGCGCCGUGUCCCCCUUGGCCAAGGAAGGCAGGGACAUGCGGAGCCGCUCGCCGGGGGGCCACCGAGGGCUGGCCAAACCCAAGGCCGUGGUGGCCACUCCGGGUUUCACCGCGCCGCUGCCGCCGGACGCUUUCAAGGGAGCCGCGCUGCACUUCCCGGGCGCCUUCGGGAGCCCCCUCGAGCACCUGAAAACCCAGGGCGUGCCGGUGGCCCCGGCGCUCUCCGUGAGCCCCUUGGUGAUCCCGGCCUUCCCCAGCCCUUUGGUGGUGGCCUCGGAGCUGUGCCGCCCGCUGGCCACCGGCGCCGGCCGCUUGCCCGCGUCCUACGGGAGCUCGCCGCGGCUGUACCCGGCGGCUCCGUGGCACGGCCAGCGCUCCCCGCACGUCCCGGCCUUCCCGCACCACGCCAGGCCCUAGCGCUGCCAUCGCUGGGGACAGCGAGGGGACAAUCCGGACUGGGCCGUUUUUAUUCCCCGUCUCAGAGCUGUUUGUGGCCGGCGGUGGCUCCGCUGCGGGCGCCCCAUGGAUAUCUCUAUUUUCUAUAUAUCCACACACAAAUCUAUAAAAAAAGGGAGCAAAAGCUGUGCCGCAGGUUUCUGUUCGUGCCCGGGCACGGGUGGGGAUGGUUGUUCCCAUCCCUGGGCCCCCUACACCAGAAUUUGGAGUUUGGGUCGCUCCAUCCAGAGGUGGAAAGGGGAUAAACCUGCCUGGCUGGUCCCGAGCUGGCAGAUCUUGGGGUGUCCUUGAUUUCGGGGAUCAGGGGUUUGGGGGUUCCUCUCCCUAAAUGCAGAGCUGCAGGGCUGAGAACUCAUCCCGUGGGGAGGGAAGGAGGAGCUUUUCCCUCUCAGUUUUGGGGGAACCGCAGCAAUUCCAGGGAGCAGCCACGAGUCCACGUGGGAAGGAGCCCAGCAACAGCUCCAGGUCCUUUGUGCCUCCCAAGUCCUCUUUGCCUCCAGGUGAUUUUUGCCUUCAGAAUCUUUUUUUUUGCCCCCAGAAUCCUUUUUUGUCCCCAGGGCUUUUUUGCUUCCAGAAUCCUUUUUUGUCUCCAGAAUCCUUUUUUGCCUCCAGAAUUCUUUUUUGCUUCCAGGUCCUUUUCACCCCCAGAACCCUUUUUCCCUGCAGGUCCUUUUUUGCCUCCAGAAUCCCUUUUUGCCUCCAGAUUACUUUUUUGCCCCCAGCAGCUGCACCUGAGCCGUUCCAGUCCAUCCCAAGGCUCUGUGGGAGCUCCAGGCCUGGCUCCCCCCAGGGCAGCUGGGACAGGGCACAGCGAUGGUGGCACUUCCUUGUCCCCAGGAUUGUGACAGCUUCGGGGGGAGCAGGAGCUGUGAGUCAGCGUGGAAAGACCACGGAAUCCAUGGAAAGGCCAAGUUUGGGGACAGGAAUUGGGAACAAGCUGGAAUAGGCUGGAUUUUGGGAAAGGUUCUUCCCCCAGAGGGUGCUGGGCACUGCCCAGAGAAUGGGCACGGCCCCGAGGCUGCCCAAGCUCAGAUUUUGGGGUGUCUGUGCAGGGCCAGGGGCUGGAUUGAUGAUCCCAGUGGGUCCCUUGCCACUCAGGAGAUUCCAGGAUUCUCUGAUGAUUUCAGGGUGGAUCCUUCCCUGCUCUGUCCCUCCAUCCCUUCACCGCUCACAAAAUCCACCCUCAACAAAAGCCAGCCCCAGCGUGGCCACGGCCACAAACUCAGUCCAAAAG